AUGAGCCAACGUGAGCGUUUUUGGUAGUUGUAAGGGAGACGAUAGAUACGGGUACAGUGCAUACCUGUGAGAACUAACUGACUAACACUUUAUGUUAUGGGUGGCUGUAAUGUCACUUGGUGGCGUAGACCAAAGGAAAGGAAAAAGAAGGUUAAAGAUCAGCGAGAACUUCCUGAACGAAAGGACAUUAGGAAAUGAAUAAUUAACGCUGAGCUAGAGGCAACAUGGCAGGAAGGAACCUUGCAGCAGUACGGGGACUGGUGAGAGAUAAUGGUAGAGAAGGAAGAGGUCCAGCUUGCACCCUGUGCCCCGGAUGGAUGGAUUCAUUUCUGGCAGUUGGGAUCGCCACUUGAACUUGGCAGCCCUGGGAGGAAGCACAGAGCAGAGUGAAGAGUUAACUCUUCUCUCUCCUUCCUAUUCACAGGAGCUGGCUUUCAUUCAAGACUUUGGGGUCUUCCAGGAGAAAACAAGUGCCAGAAAGGCCGGGGAUGUCCCCAGCAGGGGCAGUGGCCUCACUGGGGGGAUCGGUUCCUCCACCACGGUGCCCUCAGGAACAGCCCCACCACUGCAGCCGUCUCUGAGCCAGCCGGGGCGAGCGGUGCUGCAGGGGCAGCUCGUGCACGACCACCUGCAUCAUCAAAACCUGUGGCUCUUUGGACUUUCCAGCUUCCCCGUGCUCCUUGCUCCUGUUUAUGCUGCACGUUGCACUUGGCCAAGAAGAGGCCGGGAGGAGGCACCAGCACAUCGUGGAAAUGCUGGGGGCUGUUUGCCCACCCGUGGCGGCGCUGCCAGCUUUCCUCUCCUGCGCCCGGGUACCUGCAGGAGCUCCUUGCUCUCCCCUCGAGAACAUGACGCCCGUUUUCCUCUCCACCACAGCUCAGGGACGCAGCCCUUUGGGCGAGCAGUUUUACCUGUGGGUGCUGGUGGCACUGGUUGUGCGAUGGGGGAUUGCCCUGGAGAAGUGUUCUCCGAACAGCCACAGUCGUGUCUCUCACCUCUCUGCCUUGCUCGAGCCCUCCUGGAGGCAGCCUGCUCUUCCUGGCAAGGAUUUGUGAAGCAAAACGUCAAACCAUGGAGAAGCUGUUUGGUUGCUCCUUUGGCAGGGUGCUUUGAAGGAAAGCCACCUGGAGGACAGAGGGGACAGCCAGCACCGCUGUCACGCACAGAUGUCUCGGACACCCGAGCGGGUUCAUCCACGCUGCGGUCGUGGAGCUGCCUGGGGACAGCUGGGAAGGGACAGAUCGCCUUUCAUCUCCAUCCUGUGCCUGGUUUAGUCACGAAGGACACCGGUGCACCUUCUGGGCCAUAAAUCACUCUAAUGGCUGGGGUUGGAGACUGCAGAUCUGGGCGCUGAGGUUGGGUUACGUGUGCCAGCGAUCACCUCUGCAGCAGGAAA